GGAGGACACGUCACUAGUUUACUGUGAGUAAACAAACUUACUGUGUUGUAAGCAAAUGUAAAUAAAAGGAGCUAGGUGGCUAACAGCUAGCGCAGUGUCCUUUAAAGUUGAGCGGAUGUGACGUAAUGACGUGUUGUUUGCGCCCUGUGAUGGGCGGGGCCUGUGAGCAGGGAGAAAUGUAAACAACCUUCACGUUCACCGUAAAUCUGAAGCUCCGGUGUUUCCGGUGUCUCCGGUGAGAAGCGUCGAGGUUCGGGUCAGGUCACGUGUCUGCGGCUUCACACACAGCGGGUCCGGGUUAGCUCGCCGUGCUAGCUGCUAGCUGCUAGCUGCUAGCUGCUAGCUCCGGGACUGAGUGUCGGAGCUGGAAGCAGCUUAACGGAGGCCACAGCCGCAGGUUCCGGGUUCGUGUUCGGGGAAGAACCGGAGGAACCGGCGGAGGAACCGGCGGGGGAAGCACCGGGGACCGAGAAGCGUCACCGGGAAGUUCAGCAGGUGUUUGAGUCCUCAUCAAUCUGAUGAACUCUGACCCACAUUCACUCACAGGUGAGACCAUCUGAGUGAUGAAGUUAUCGUUGUGUCUCUUCAGGUCCGACUGGAAGUCUGAAGACUGUUAAGACGACAAACUGAAAGAAUCCUCCAUCGUUGUGGGACAGUGAAGAUUCUCUUCAUUCAUCACCAGACUGGAAACGGGUGCGUUUGUUUUGUGACCCUCGGCGCCUGGCCCCUCCUCCUCCGUGCGGCCGCUGCAGCGGUUCCUCGGCCUCGGUCUCUGGACUUGUUUCUACCUCGACUGUUGGAAAGUGCUCUGCUCUGUGAAGCUGAUGAUGUCAGAUUCCAGUUCACAGCCGGCAGCAGCAGCUGACCUCACCACAGAAACCACCUCCAAGGAACUGGUCAUAACCACAGCGUUGGAGGGGCGGGGCCAGAUGAUGGAGUCAGAUGUCGUGGCUGAGGUCGGCAGCAACCAUGUGGCUGCAGACAGUCCUCUACCCGGCAAAGACCUGAAGGAGGAGGAGGCCACGCCCUCAACGCUGUCCGCUGAAAACAGGACGCUGUCUCUGCUCAGACACAUGGAGGAUGAGGGGGGGCGGGACAGAGGAGGAGACACAGGUCCGGACCUGGAGGACAGCUCGUCUGGAGGGACAGCGGGGGGGUCCGAGGACCAGCAGGAGUCCACAGACUCUGCGUCCUUCUCCAUCCCGAGCCUGGAGCUGUCCCACGGGGUCCCAGGAACCUCCGGGGACGUGGAGGACAGCUCGUCCUUCUCUGCUGUGGCUCUGUCCCCCGGGGUCGGAGAUCUGAAGGAUGGCGCCGCCCUGGAGGCGGCAGGGGGCGCUGUCCCUGCAGCCGCUGCUGCUGCUCCUGCCGUCGCCUCCUCCUCCUCAUGCUCCUCCUCCUCGGCGGCGGCGGCUUCUUCUUCUGUCCCGGCGUAUUACCUGGUGAAGUGGAUCACCUGGAAGGAGAAGAAGACGCCCAUCAUCACUCAGAGUGAGAACGGACCCUGCCCCCUGCUGGCCAUCAUGAACACACUGUUCCUGCGCUGGAAGGCUAAGCUUCCUGCUCAGACGGAGGUGGUCACCACUGAGGACCUGAUGUCUCACCUGGGAGAGUGUGUGUUGUCUGUCACACCUAGAGAAAAAACUGAUGGGAUGGAGCUCAACUUCCAACAGAACAUGAGUGAUGCCAUGGCCGUCCUCCCGAAGCUCUCCACAGGUCUGGAUGUGAACGUGCGUUUCACCGGAGCGACGGACUUUGAGUACACACCCGAGUGCAUCGUGUUCGACCUGCUGGACAUCCCACUGCACCACGGCUGGCUGGUGGACCCUCAGAGUCCAGAGAUGGUGUCGGCUGUUGGGAAACUGAGUUACAACCAACUGGUGGAGAAAAUCAUCGACUACAAGCACUCAGCUGACAGCAGCCGAGUCAGUGAAGGUCUGGUAGCGGAGCAGUUUUUGGAGUCGACUGCGACCCAGUUGUCGUAUCACGGACUGUGUGAACUCAACACAACGGCCAAAGAGGGAGAGAUCUCCGUGUUCUUCAGGAACAAUCACUUCAGUACCAUGAUUAAACACAAGGGCCACCUGUACCUGCUGGUGACGGACCAGGGCUUCCUGCAGGAGGAGCCUCUGGUGUGGGAGUCGCUUCACAACGUGGAAGGCGACGGGAACUUCUGUGACUCUGACUUCAGACUGUGUCAUCAGAGAGCUCCGCCCACCGCCGCCCCCCCCGCCGCACAGGAGCAACGGAGACAGAUCGACCAGGACUACCUGGUGGCCGUGUCCCUGCAGCAGCAGGGGGGGGCCCUGGGGGGGGCCCUGGGGGGGGCCCUGGGGCCCCUCAGCGACCUGGAGUUGGCCCGACAGCUUCAACAGGAAGAAUAUCAGCAGCAGCAGCAACUCCAACAGCCGGGGGCCGUGCAGACACAACAGGUCAGAGGUCAAGGGUCACAGCAAACGAGGAGGAGAGAGAAGGACUCCGACUGUGUUCUCCUGUAGACACACACACACACGGACACACACACACACAGCUCGAUGCCAAACCCCAGUGCUUUGUCCGACAGGAAACAGUUUGUGAUUCCAGGUUUUGAAAGUUUGUAAAUUUGUGUGAAAUGAAAACUGAGUCUGGUCAAAGGUAUAAAAACUGAAUUAAAUUUAAUUCAUGUCUUUAUUUCCAAUAAAGUUAUUUAAUUGAUGAGUUAUUUACCAUUGAUCAGAUCAAUGAUGAAGUUUGAACUGAUACAUGAAACAGUUUGUGUCUCUUGUGACGUAUUAACAUUAAAUCAUCUUUAAACAUCAGCUCAUUAAUGAAAUCUAUGAAAAGUCUGUUUGAUUUUAAAAUAAGUGAACUGUUUAUUUGUCUUAUCGGUUUUUCAACUGACCAGUAAAACUAAUCAAUGAAACAUUAGAUAGAGUUGAGUUCUCACACACUGGCUGCUGGUGACCUCCGGUGAAACUGACCUUUUCACAAUAAUCAGCUUUGAAACCAGGACGUCACAGAACUGAACUUCACGAUUUUCUCUUUCCAAACUGAAAGAAGGAUUCAUGAUGUCAUCUUUUGGUCCUUUUUAAAAACUUUGAUUAUUUCCUGAUUUAAAUCUACGGUAAAAAAAACAACUGUUCACGUCUUAAUACUGAAAAUAAAGCGUCUGAUUUAACACUGAAAACUUUCCCAUCAUGCUUUUCUGUGUGUUCGGGGGCGUGUUCUGUAUUUCCUGUUUUAUCUUUUGUUUGAUUGAAAGCUUCACUGUUUCACCAUUUAUUUAAUUGUCAAUAAAAAUAAAAUCAAA